AUAAAAGAAUUCUAAUCCAAUUCGAAGCUCAUCAAUCACAUCUUUUACUUAAAUGUAAAUUAUCUUGAGUCCAUGUAAUAUGAAAAAGGACGAAGAAAAUGGUUAAUCCCGCCUCAAUCAAAUUAUCAAAUUAUUUGCUUAACGUGCACGGUAUAUCUAUCUUCCCACUCCCUUAAAACUUCAAUUCUCUUUAGUUGAGAAAAAAACAUUAAAGAGAGAAAGAAAAGGAAAAACAAAAAAGAUGAACUCAGGAGCAGUUAUUAUACUUACAAUUCUUUAUAUGCAUGGAGUCGCAGAACUAAAAGCGGAAACGCUCAUAGAAAGCACGUGCAGGAACACCCCAAACUAUCAACUCUGCAUCUCCAUCCUACGUGCCAGUCCACACAGCGGCACUGCUGACAUGGCGGGGCUCGGCCUGAUACUGGUGGACGCCAUCAAAGCCAAAACGGAAGCAGCACUAUUAGCAAUCGACGAGGUGAAACAGCUCCACCCAGAACUGACGCAAGCCCUGGAGGAAUGCAGGCGCACAUAUAACGCCGUUCUGAAGGCCGAUAUCCCGGAAGCCGUUGCGGGGCUGAAGAAAGGAGUCCCUAAAUUUGCGGAAUCUGGGAUGGUAGAUACGGCUUGGGAGGCUGAUAUAUGCGAGGGCAGUUUCGGAAGUGUUGCUCAGCCGCCGUUGAGUGGAGUAAAUAAAGAUCUCCAUGACCUUGCCGAGGUUGCUGCUUCUGUUAUUAGAAAUUUGCUUUGAAGGUGUUAAAUUUCAAUAUAUACAGAUGUAUGAAUAAUAUAUAUAAAUUACCCAGA